UCAGAAAAUUGGGGUCGUGACGGUGUAUGUAAUGUAUGUUAGUUAAAUAAAUACAUCACACAAUCUCUCUCCUUUUCUCUCUCAGCAGUGGGGGGGACUUUGAAACCCUAGAAGAAGUGCAAUCAUCUAAUUACAGCCCUAAGGUUGUGGAUGAGCAAAAAGCUGUUUUUUAAUUCCCUAUAGUUUGCGAAUUGUUACGUAAGUGUCUGUUUUUCUAAAAGGAAAAUGAUAGGUUCCAUUUUGCCCUUACCGGCUCCUCCUUCUGAUGGAGACCUUGGGCCUCUUCCAGAAUCCCAAGUGACUGAACCUAUUAACGAUGAGAAACAAUUGAAUGAGGAGCAGACCAAAGCCAACUCCGUUGCAACACAUACUAGGGCUAUUGGUAUCAUUUAUCCUCCUCAAGACAUCAGAAAUAUUGUUGACAAAACUUCCCAAUUCGUGGCAAAGAACGGACCGGAGUUUGAGAAAAGGAUCAUAGCUAAUAAUACCGGAAAUGCAAAGUUCAGCUUUUUGAUUUCCUCAGAUCCCUACCAUGCAUAUUAUCAGCAUCGAUUGUCUGAAUUCCGUGCCCAGAAUCAGUCUUCUGGACAGCAACCUUCUUCGCAGCCUGAAGAUUCUGCAACACCUGAGUCAGCCCCACCAGCUCCAGCUACAGAUGGUGAAACAGGAGCACCAAAGCUGGAUCCCUCUGCUCAGUUUAAAUCGGUGCGCAAAGUUCCUGAACCACCAGAAAAACCAGAAGCUGAGCAGUAUACUGUUCGGCUUCCUGAAGGGAUUACUGGGGAAGAGUUGGAUAUUAUAAAGCUCACAGCCCAGUUUGUAGCUCGAAAUGGGAAAUCAUUUUUGUUAGGAUUGACAAACAGGGAAACGAAUAACCCCCAGUUCCAUUUUUUAAAACCUAACCAUAGUAUGUUUACACUUUUCACUUCUCUGGCUGAUGCUUACUCAAAGGUGUUGAUGCCUCCAACGGGGUUGACAGAGAAGCUUAAGAAAAGUAUUGCAGACAUGACAACUGUGCUUGAACGGUGUGUGCACCGGCUGGAGUGGGAGCGUUCACAAGAGCAGGCAAGGCAGAAGGAAGAAGAUGAGAUUGAGCUGGAAAGGAUGCAAAUGGCUAUGAUUGAUUGGCAUGAUUUUGUUGUGGUUGAAUCAAUAGACUUUGCAGAUGAUGAGGAUGAGGAUUUACCUCCUCCAAUGACCCUUGAGGAGGUUAUAAGGAGAAGCAAGGUCACAGAUAUGGAAGAAGAUAUUGUUGAGCCUGGUAAGGAGGUGGAAAUGGAAAUGGAUGUAGAAGAGAUGCAGCUUGUUGAAGAGGGCUUGAGGACAGCCAGAAUUGAAGAGAAUGGUGAUGAAAAGAAGAAUGAGAAUAAGGUGACAGAUGAUCCAGAACCACCAAUGAGAAUUGUGAAGAACUGGAAGAGACCUGAAGACAGGAUCCCUGCUGAAAGAGACCCAACAAAGUAUGUCAUUUCACCAAUCACUGGAGAGCUUAUCCCUAUCAAUGAGAUGUCUGAACACAUGAGGAUUUCUCUCAUUGAUCCAAAAUACAAAGAGCAAAAAGAAAGGAUGUUUGCCAAGAUUCGGGAGACUACUCUCGCUCAGGAUGACGAAAUCUCAAGAAACAUUGUGGGCCUUGCACGAACCCGUCCUGAUAUUUUUGGUACCACAGAGGAAGAAGUUUCUAACGCUGUCAAGGCUGAGAUUGAAAAAAAGAAAGAUGAGCAACCAAAGCAGGUCAUAUGGGAUGGUCACACUGGAAGCAUUGGCCGCACAGCAAAUCAAGCCAUGUCACAGAAUAUCAACGGAGAGGAUCAGAAUGAUGUUCUUAACAAUGAUGCAAGGAACCUUCCUGGUCCUGCAGCUCCUCCUCCAAGACCUGGUGUGCCGUCUGUUCGCCCUCUACCCCCACCACCAGGUCUUGCCUUGAAUCUACCUCGUGUUCCUCCAAAUACAGCCCAGUAUUCUGCUCCAUCUAGCGGUGGCCUCCCUGUACCUCCACUGAGGCCAUCAGUUGUCCAAUAUCAAUCAGUUCGACCUCCUGGACCUCCAAUGCCCAUGAGUUCGGGACAGCAAUCCCUUUUGGUGAAUCGGCCACCUCCGAUGCCACCAUCAAUGUCUAUGAAUCCAUCUGUACCACCUCCACCUGGUUCGCAGUUUACACCCAUGCAAGUUCCCCGACCUUAUAUGCCUCUUCCUGUUCCUCCACCUACAAUGCAAAUGAUGCCACCACCACCUUUGCCUCAGGGGAUGCCCCCGCCACCACCACCUGAGGAAGCUCCUCCACCGCUUCCAGAAGAACCUGAGCCAAAGCGGCAGAAGCUUGAUGAUUCUAUGCUUAUUUCAGAAGAUCAGUUUCUGGCACAGCAUCCGGGACCUGUUCGCAUCACAGUAUCUGUCCCCAAUGUUGAUGAAGGUAAUCUGAAGGGACAACUUUUGGAGAUUACGGUGCAGUCCUUAUCUGAAACUGUUGGGAGUCUGAAAGAAAAAAUUUCUGGGGAGAUCCAGCUUCCUGCAAACAAACAGAAAUUGAGUGGAAAACCUGGUUUUCUCAAGGACAAUAUGUCGCUUGCAUAUUAUAAUGUUGGAGCAGGAGAAGCACUUAGUCUUUCAUUAAGAGAGCGUGGUGGAAGAAAGAGAUGAGCAGAUUAUUUGACCAGGCUGAUUAAGAUUGGGUGCCUCGGCGAGUGUCUCUUAAGGACAAUGGGAAGUAGAUCAGUUCCUUUUGCUUAGCCAGCGGAAGUCAUGCUUAUAUGUCUAAUAACUGCUCCUUUUUGCAAUGCAGUUUUUUCUCUGGAAAGUAUGUGCCCAUGGUCGUAUUAUGGUUUUCAUAUCCCUAGAAGCAUGCUUGGUGUCAAGUUAUUUUCAGUGCUCACUUCCAAUUUUUGUUGCUGAAAGAUUUUUCUAUUGGUGAAUGUUGGUAUUUUGGGUUUUUUGUUUUCCUUCUAGUAUUUAAUUUUAUAGGGUGAAGCUAUACUGCGCCUUUAGCAAAGGGUGCCACAGAAGCUUGUCUUAUUUGCACUCAUGUGUUUCUUGAACCAGCCAAUAGCAAGCAGUGGCUGGUAGAGUUAGUGUUUUCUGAUGAUGGUUGUUAACUACAGGAUAGAGGCUUAUAGCUACUUGUUGGGACUCAUAAAUGGUCUGUGCAACCAGUUAGAUGUGUCUUCUUUAAGCAUCUAAGCCAGCAUGAACUGGAACCACAGGGUUUGAUUACCAUGUUAAAGGAACAAGCAAGUUUUUAUAUCUGUGUUUUCUCUAGGAUUAUUAGAGCAGGUAGGAGUUACAUAGCUUCCCUAAGGUUAUGCUUGCGAUUGGAUUUGGUAUUAAAAGUUUACAGCUAGUAUAGAAAUGCAGAAUGCCCUAAUCUGUUGAAAAGAGUCUUCAUAAACUGUUCAGUUUUGGUACUUUGGUGCUGGCAGCACAAUACUGUAGAGAAUUUGGUUGGCCGAUGUACUAGUGUAAAAUAUUUGCUCAACACUGGCCUUGACUAUGGGGUGUGAACAUGGUCCAUGCGUAAUUAUGAGUCGACUCAGUAUGUCGAUCUGGGGUUGAAGACUCACUGCCCUUCUCGGUGAUGCGUCCUGGUGUGCGGAUAUAAAGAAUUGUCUCCAAUACUUGUGCACACUAGGAAUAUGCAUGUAGUAAAAGCCACUGUCAGCUGUUUCAAAA